AUGACACCACGCCUGAUUGAGGCCUUUUUUUUGCACAUGAUUUUACGAUGUGACGGUGAUGAAAGUUCAUCGGAGAGUGGACACGGCUGCAGUCAGGAUACCGUAAUGGACGAAGGCUCUUCGGAGAGCACCGUUAAACGGGAUGAAAGUGAAUCGCCGAGCCCAGAACCUGUUGAUCCUGUUGAUGAAGAGGAACAAGAAGAAAAGCCGGACCCGAUCAAAGAUGAAAUAGAAAGAGAAGAGAAGGAAAAAUCAGAGGAAGAAGAGCGUCUAGUUGAAGGUGGCUUUGGCCUUGCUGGUCUUCCGAAGGGUGCAGAGAACUUGUCUUCUCGGGAACGCCAUCUUUUAAGGUCUGUUCCUAUUUUAUUCACCAAAUAUUUGUUCGCUCUAACAAAUAGAUUCACAAGACAGCAUGAGCUUUUUCUGACACGACAAGUGGAGUCACUUCCUGCAGCACAUAUCCGCGGAAAAUGCACCGACUCAUUCUUUUAUUCACUGGUGUAUGACCCUGAGGCAAGGACGAUGUUAGCGGACAAAGGUGAGAUAAGAGUUGGCGAGAAGUACCAGUGCGUUGUACCAGAUGAUAUGGCCGAAGAUGCGCUUGCUGAUGAUAACAGAGAAAACGGCGACUCCAUUGGUCUGGUUAUUGAUGAAGGCGAAGAAGAGCAGCCGGAACCAACGGAGCGUGAAACUCUCGUUUAUCAUCCAUAUCAUGCCUUGUCGGACCGUGACAUCGACCAGUUCCUGAUAGUAGCGAGAGCUGUUGGGACAUUUUCACGGGCGCUGGAUACGUCAUCAUCAAUGAAGCUACCAUCUCUUCAUAUGACUGCUGCAGCUGCCAGUCGUGAUGUGACGCUUUUCCAUGCGAUGGCUUUGUUGCACCAAGCAAAUUAUGAUAUUGGCCAGGCAGUGAGAUACUUGGUGCCACCGCCAAGCAAGCAGCACUAUCCACUGGAUGCUGAUAAGACAACACUGCACAAUACAGUGAGCUUGGGUGGUCCGGUGCUGUGUCGUGAUCAAAUAGAAGAGUGGUCAGCUGCGGAAGCAAAUCUUUUCGAAGAAGCAAUCGAAAAGUAUGGGAAAGACUUCAGCGAUGUUCGCGCCGAUUAUUUGCCGUGGAAGUCGAUUCGUGACAUUGUCGAGUACUAUUACAUGUGGAAAACAACAAAUCGUUAUGUGGAGGUGAAGAAAUCCAAGACAGUAGAGCAGGAAAGUAAACUAAAACAGGUAUACAUACCGAACUACAAUAAACCGAAUCCGAAUCUUGUUGGGCCACCAAAUCCGAGCGGGCAACCGAUGAAGGGCACUUCUGCUUGUGAAAGCUGUCAGAUGGAAGAAUCUCCACAGUGGUACGCAUGGGGUCCGGCAUAUCUGCAGUUACGAUUGUGUGGCACUUGCUGGACGCAGUGGAAGAAAUUUGGCGGACUUAAAAGAGUCCAUCAGUACGGUCAGUUGCAUGCUGUGCUUCUUCUACGUUAA